AUGUGUAGUGCAGCUCGAGCAUUUGAUUUUUUUGCUGACUUAGCCGAAGAACCAACACAACUAAAGGAAGCAGUACCAGACGCAACUGAAAAAUUAGCAGAUGUAGUUUCCGAUGCAGCAACUAAUGUUAGUGAUACAAUAAGUGAUACAGCUACUGGUAUAGGAAAUUUAGUUGGAGAAGCAGCUACUAGUAUAGGAAAUAUUGUUGGUGGAGCAGCAAGCGGGAUAGGAAACUUAGUUGGUGGAGCAGCAAGCGGGAUAGGAAACUUAGUUGGAGGUGCAGCAAGCGGUAUAGGAAAUUUAGUUGGUGAUGCAGCAGAGGCCCUUGCAACUACUGAUUUAAAAGACAUAAUACCACAAACCUCUGAGUCUUCAACUGAUUUAGUACCAGCUGAGACAUCAGCUCCAGUAGAUGAUUAUCUUGAUGAUGACGGUUUUUCAAGUUUUAGAGAAUUUCUCGAAAGUACUCCUUGUUGGAAACGUAGAAUGGCUCAAGAAGCUUUACUUAAUGACUACCAAGUAGAAUC